AUGGCAUCUCCAACGAAAAUUCCUGGUGUUUCUCGAUCCUCAGGCACCUGGAAAACAUCCUGGAGCGAUCGGACCAAUGACAAGCCGCGGUCACAAGCCAGCGUCAUUGAGCAAUGUCAGUGGCAAGUCGCAAGGGAAUCAGGGUUUGGCAGGACUUCUGGGGCUGGAUUCCACACGGCUGCCCAGGGUCCGAUCGCCUUGAUGAUUCUCGAUUCUCCGGGCCUAGGCGCCUUUCAGUCCGAGGAGCCCUUAAACCGUCGAUUCCCCACUGUUGACGAAAUGGCCGGGCUCCUGACAUGUCUGAGGGCGGCCGCCAUCGCCAAAUUGACUGUCUAUCGAGGUUUUCAGGCCAUGUCGCAGGCCGUCAACCCUGGCGAGGGAAAAAAACCGGCAAACGGAACGGUUGAUGCAACCUUCGUCCAGAUGCAUGACGAUACCUUUUUGAAGCUUGUACUUGUCUCUUGUACUUGUACUUCCGUCUGGAAAUACUUGCAUGUUGGUAUUUCCGUCGAAUCGGUCGUCGGCCGUACAUAUGACCUCCGCCAGAUCCCAAAGUGCGCUCCCCUUCCCUGCAUAAGUAUCAUCUGUAUUGGAACAACAUGA